AUGGCUUGUCCUAUUAAUACUGAAGAUAUAGGAAAACUUAAGAUUUUCAUUGAGUUUGUAUCAACUCAACCAUCAAUAUUAAAUCUUCCUCAAUUAGGAUUUUUUAAAAAAUUCGUAGAACAACUUGGUGGAAAAGUUCCAGAAGCAAAUUUUCAACAUAAUGCAGGUGCAAAAACUGAAGCUAAGGAGGAAAAAGAGUUUGAAACAAAAAUGGAAGAUCCUGAGCCAGAAUCGGAUAUUGAACUUGAACUUUUGGAUACAAUAAUCGAAGGAGACGCAGACCCAUUGCAGGAAAUGGGCGAGGAUGAAAAAAUGCCUACUGAUGACGAAGUUGAUCAAGCAAGUGAAUUUCGUGGAAAAGGUGCUGCAUCUUACAGCGAUGGAGAGUAUGAAGACGCAAUAAAUUUCUACACCCAAGCAAUUCUGUUAAACCCAACGCAUGCACUUUUUUAUGCUAAGCGUGCUCAAGCAUUUAUUAAACUUUGUAAACCUAAUGCUGCUAUUCGUGAUUGUGAUCGUGCAUUGCAUUUAAAUCCUGACAAUGCAGCUGCCUAUAAGUUUAGAGGACGAGCAAAUAGACUCUUAGGAAAUUGGGAAGCGGCAGCAAAAGACUUGAGACAAGCUUGCAAGUUAGACUAUGAUGAUGAGACAGAUGACUGGCUCAAAGAAGUUACACCAAAUGCAAAAAAAAUUGAACUUCAUAACAUUAAGCAAGAACGGAAAAAAGCAGAAAUGGAAGAUGAAGCUAGACGCGAACGUGUCCGAAAGGCUCAAGAAGCAAAUAAAAAAGCUGCAGAAGAAAAUGAAAAAAAGCAAUACAGUAGUAGCGAUGAUGAUUUCAUGUCUUCUCUUGGUCCUGAUGUAAUGGAAGCCUUUAACGAUCCAGAAGUUGCUGCAGCACUGCAAGAUGUCAUGUCUAAUCCUGCAAACAUUAUGAAAUACCAAAAUAAUCCAAAGGUCAUGAACUUAUUGAAGAAAUUCGCUGGCGCAACUGGAGGUUUUCCAGGUGGAAUACCUGGAAUGGGUGGUAUGGGAGGUUUUCCAACUUUUCCAAGCGCUCAAACUACAACACCAAAUCAUCCAAAGUCAAACUCAAAACCAAAAGAAGAAUAUGAUGAUGGUCUCGAUUAA